GUGAGUAGUGUUUGUCUGUUCUGUUUCGAUUCAUCAAAGUAAUAAAUGUUUAACAUUAAUGUUACAUUUAUAGUAAGUAACAAUGUUGGAGAAUGUGUUUCGGAAUAGAUGAUUAGUUAUUACUCUGGAUAGUGUUGUCUGUAUCAUAAGACAAGUAUCAUUCGCGUGCCUCAUAUAUUGAACAUUCGCUUUAAGUAUAAUAUUUACAACUUACAAGUAACACUAACAGUUUCAAAUGGCCACUUUGGAAAAAUUAGUAAAAGCAUUUGAAGCCUUAAAAGUUGUCCAGCAACCAAGUGCAACCGUAAGCGGAUCGGUUAAGACUCAGAGUAAAACUGAAAGUGAAGUUGAAGACAUUCAUUCUUCUAUAAGUUACGUUGUUUCCAGGAAAAGAGAAGCUGCUCUAAGCAAGAAAGAAAAAAUAACUCAUUGUUCCACUGUUGCUGAUGCUAUUAUUUCCCAGAAUGUAAAGUCUGUGGCAGAUUUUCCCAAGUUUUUAGGUAUAGCGAUGGAAACUUUCUUUAUAUGUUGUGAUGACAAUGAUUCUGAUGUUCGUAUGGUUGCUGAUGAGUGUUUGAAUAGAACAAUCAAGACUCUGCUGGAAUCCCAUCUUGCUAGAGUUCAAGUGGAAUUGUACAAAGAGAUAAAGAAAGAUGGCUCAGCCAGGUGUUUAAGACCAGCUUUAAGUCGGUUUGCUGAUCUCUGUCAUCUCAUUCGACCACAAAAAUGCAGGCCUUAUGCUGUGAACCUUUUCCCCUGUCUGGUCAAGAUUUCACAAAGAAAAGAGGAAGAAUCUGUUCAGGAAACACUGGGUGUAGCAAUAGGAAAAAUAAUGCCUAUUCUUGGGAAAUUUGCUAAUGACACAGAAAUAAAGAUGCUCUUGAAGGCUUUUCUUCCAAACUUAAAAUCAUCAUCUCCUUUAGUAAGAAGGACAGCUGCAUCAUCUCUUGUAAUUGUUUGUCAGAAUUCUCGAAAGCCUCAGUUUUUCUACAACUGGCUGUUAACAUCUUUAUUGGAACUGAUUCUGCCUAUACAAGAAGAUCAGCUAUUAUAUGCCAUCCUUGGAGUUAUGCUAUGUUUGCGCCAUAUUAUACCUCAUUUAGAUGAUAAAACUCAAAGCCUAGUAUUAAAGGGUAGUAUUGGGGUGCGUCAAAAGGAGGAAGAAGUGGAAAUAACUCAAGAUAAACUAUUAGAGAUUUAUGAAUUGCUAUUGCACUAUUGUAGACACACUGAUCAUAACAUAGUCACAGCUGCUUUAGAGGCUCUACACCAACUACUCAGAAUGCCUCCUAAAACACUUCGGCAUCUUCUGCUCUCUGUAGGAGGCAUCAGAACAUCCCGGAUUUUCACAUUUAGUUCACAUGUUGGCUUCAGGUCACGAAGUGGUAGCCAGAGUGCAAUUGCUGCUGCUACAUUUGAGGAUGAAGCAGCUUUAGAUGAUGAUCCUGAACUGUUGGAUCUUAGAAACAGGGAGAGUUCUGAAUCAUUCACAAAUGAAUUACCUUCAGCUGAUGAUGCUCACUUAAGUGCUGAAUUAGAAUCAGAAAAACAGUACUAUGAAAACCAAAUAGAAACAGGAAGUUUUGCUUCUGUGGAUGUUGAAGGAGAAGAUAUAUCAGAGUAUUCUAACAUCACUAUAAGUGGCUGUACUGAUGGAAGACUGUCACCAUUUGUGGCCCCCGGUGUUCACUCUCGAAAUAGUCCAAAAAGAAAACCUCCAGCAUUAAAGAUUGAUGAUCAAGCAUCAAUGGAAGGCUGUGAUGAUUUAGAGGUUGAAUGGGAACAAGUUUCUUCUGUUUCACCUUCCCCUCUUGUGAAAUUGGAAUUUAAUAUGACCAACAUUGGUUCCUUUACUGAUGAGGAUCUUCCCUUGAUCUUCUGUGCACGAUUGCUUGCCUCAUCAUUCCUGCUUACAGGUGUAAAAGGCAAGCUCUUGCCAGACCAGAAUGUAAGAGUAAGCAUUAAAGCAUUAGCCAUGAGCUGUUUGGGGAGUGUACUCUCUUUAUAUCCUUCUGCUUUUUAUCUGGAUAUCUACAAAUCUUCAGAAUUGAUGAAACCAUGUGAAUCUCAACAAAAGAUCUGGGAAGUGUUGUAUUUCACAAAUCAUAGUGAUCCACAUUUGAGGGGACACACAGCACUUCUCAUUGGCCUCUUCUUGAAAAGUGCUUUAUCUAGUUCAGGUGUAUGGUGGGAUAAGUGGUCCAGUUCUAAUUGUGAAGUUGGCCAAACAUCAACCCUGGGAUUAGCAGAGAUAGUGGAUAAACUGCUUCAGGUCAUUAAGGAUCAGUCUGCCAUUGCUUGCAGAAUGGCUGUUUUAGCUUUCAAGCAUUGUCUUGUAUCACUGCUUCAAUGUUCUGAAGGGCACAUGGGCUUAAGAGUGCUGGAUACACUGCUUGCUAUCAAGGAUAUUCCAUACUGGCUAGUUAAGGUUGAACUACUAGAAGUGUUAGCUGAUAUUCCAUUUAGUGUUGUUCAGUAUUUAGAAGAAUCUUAUAAGAAAAUUAAGAAGAAUGCAAUACAGCCUAAAACAUUAAGUUAUCAAGAGAGAUUUUUAAAAGGAGUUGUCAUUCCACUUUUGGGAGAAGAGGAUUUUAGAGUUCGACAGGUAGCUGCCUUCACCAUUGUUAGGUUAGUGCCUCAUUUGUUCUACCCAACAGAUCAUCCUCAUCAUGACCCAAUUGUAGCUGUGGCAAAAGAAAAAACAUCUUUUUUCUUAAACUCUGUCCUUCCUAAUUUGAUUGGAAGUGUUCAUCCUUUAGUUCAUGGCCUUGUGCAUCCAUUUAGCUACAAAGAAACAGUUUUGCCAUCUUCUUCUACUGAAGCCUCACUAUCAAGAAUCAUCAGCAUUUUGUCUAAGUGUUUGCUCACUUCAUCUUCAAGGCAUAUGACGUACGGAUGUUGCCAAGCUCUUAGUCAACUCUCUGAGAAAUAUCUGGUUACAGUAUUCACCACAGCUUGGGGAAUAGUUUAUGGAAGUAACAAAAGUGUAGCCCGGAAAACUCACCAUAAACAGUCCAAACUGCAAGGUAUUUCAAGUUAUGUUCCAGAUAUUAGUACUGAUGAAUCACAACUGCCUUGUACCAGUCUUCUACACCACCUGCUAGCAUUACUGACAGGUACACCAUUGGGCAUUGAUCUAACAGCACAUCAGAAUACCUUGCAGUUAGCAGGCAACAUCAUGGCUGGAAUUUGUUUACAAAACUUGACAGCUAAAAAUGAUGGUACUCAGGAUGUGAUGCCUUCAGAUCAAAUGUGGAGUUUUUUGAAACCACACUAUGUCAUCCCUCUCAUAGAGCAGCUUAUCACUCAUGUGAUGAGAAUGUUAAAUAUAUUUGCACAUAUCCUAGACAACCAACUUCCAGCUUCAUUUCAUGCCAAGUCAACACUUCCAUCUCUGCCACAUCCUCCCUCAUUAAGUCCCAUUAAACGAAAAAGUAAAGGGAAAGAUGAAGCAAUGCCAGUUCCUUCCAGCAUGCCAGGAAUGAAAAGCUCACCCAGUAGACCUAAUCAAGAGAAAAAUGAGUUGGAAAAGGAAAAACCUAGUGGUAAAUCAGUGGGUAUUGGCCAGUUUUAUUCCUUUCCUCUAUACAUGAAGAUAUAUGAUGUUUUGAAAGGUGUAUAUUCCAGUUACAAGAUUUCUGCAGAUUUUCAGGGUAAUGAGAAAUUUUCAGGACUGCUUCGAGUCUGUGUAAGCGUUCUUUCACAGAUCUUAGAAAUAGCUGGCCUUCAAGAAAUGGGAAAGCAUGCUGAGGAAAUUUUAGGAUAUUUGAAAGCUUCUAUUGCCAUAGAACCAUGUGCCACCAUACAGUGUGUUCGUCAAUUGCUAAAGUCUCUGUUUGGCACAAACCUGGCAGCCUUGUGGGAAGGGUCACAGCAGCCAAAUACAACAAGCUGCAAACCUGGUCGUGCGGCUCGACUCAGCACUGCUGUUCAUCCUGGACUUUAUCAUAGCUGUUUCACUGUACCUUACACUGAAUUUACACAGUCUUUGGCCAGUAGUAGUGCUAAGCCUACUCUUUUAACUGGUGAUGGAGAACAGCUAGGAAGUUGGUUAAGCUGGAUGAGGAAAAGAAGUGAAAGAAAACUGACCUCUUUGCUGAAAUCAGGGUCUAGAGGCGAGAAGGCUUCACUCAGCUCUCACAUAAGACUGUUUGAACCAUUGGUUAUAAGGGCUCUUAAACAGUACACUUUGACUAGCACAGUAGACCUUCAGUGCCAAGUAUUAGAUCUGUUGGCUCAGCUUGUACAACUACGGGUCAACUAUUGCUUAUUAGAUUCUGAUCAGAUCUUCAUCAACUUCAUUAUAAAACAAUUUGAAUUCAUUGAAGAGGGACAGAUAGUAAACGCGGAUGUCUUAAUCCCUCGAAUUUUCUACUUUUUGGUAUUGCUAUCUUAUGAGAGAUAUCAUUCCAAGUCAAUCAUAACUGUACCAAAGAUCAUUCAGCUGUGUGAUGGACUGAUGGCCAGUGGCCAGCCUCCUGAUAAAUAUGCUAUCCCUGCACUCCAACCAGUUGUAGAAGACUUAUUUCUUUUACGAGGCUCCAACAAGAUGGAUUCUGGGAAAGAACUGGAUACUCAGCGGGAAGUUGUAGUUUUUAUGCUACUACGACUCAUCCAAUAUCCACAGGUUUUGGAUAUGUUUCUGAUCAUCCUGUACCAGAGCUACAAGGAGGGAGAGGAUAGAUGGAAGAAGGUAUCUAGACAGAUUGUAGACUGUGUACUUCCUGUUCUAGCGAAGCAACAGGUAAAUGUUNCAGACCAAAACUCUGUGGAUACUUUACACCGACUUUUCCAAGCUGUGGCUCCUAGUGUUUUUAGGCCUGUGGAUAUUCUUUUAAAAACACUAUUUACUCAACCUCAAGAUUUGAAUUGUAGCUCCAUUCUCAACCAGUGGAUGUGUUUAGUCCUUGUAGUAAUGAGAGUUUUGAUUGGCCAAGCUAAAGAAGAGGUAGUAUUAUCAAGACUGGGUGACUUAGGGUUAAUUGUGGGAAUUCCUAAGUUAGCCGACUUUCCCAUAGAACAGACCUCUUGGCCUGUACCAAGCCCAACUUUGUGUAUGUCAGUGGAUUCUGAAUCUGGACCUCUGCCAGAAGAAAUUUUGGCAAGGUUCCUUUUCCAAGUGUUAGGUAUAGUUGUGGAAGUUGUCCAUCAACAAAUCUUUAUUCCUGCUGUCCCAGCAGACCAUCAAACCUUCAUCUGUCAGCAGAUGGCCCACUUAUUUCUCUAUCUCAUGCAUAUGUUUCAAUCUGGGUCUUUUCGUCGUGUUGCAACAGCUGCUAUGGAACUUGUCAAAGCAGAAUCUUCAACUAAGUCUGUGUCCUAUGCAGCAGUUAGCAUGUACUCUGUUACAGAAAUCAAUGAGAUGUUUAUUGAAUUAGCACCGUUUUAUCCAGUAUUGGUCUUACAGUGGUGUAACAUCCUUACCUUGUUGAACUACGAUAGUCAUGACUUUUGGGCACAGAUUCUCCAACAUGGUACUCUUCACGCUAGUCCUGCUACACUUCCUGCAAGUCCAAGACAGCUACCAACCAAAUGUGAAGUCACCCAAACAUCCUGUAACCUGGAAAUGGUGCAGCAAGGAGGUCUUAUACUUCUCUGCGAUUAUGUGUAUGAAAACUUGAAUGAUGCUGAACAGAUAACCUGGUUGAUUGUGCAUCAUGUUAAUGAUCUGGUUCAACUGUCAAGUGAGCUCCCUGUACAUGAUUUUAUCAGUGCUGUUCAUCGUAAUCCAGCUGCCAGUAGCUUACUUGUUCAAGCAAUUCAUGCACGCUGUGUUAAUCUAUCAAAGCCAAGCUUUGUGAAUAGAACUCUGAGAUGUUUGGAGGCUAUUCAUCCCAGCCAGUCAGGAAGUUUGUUAGCUUUGCUUAUUGAUAAGUUUCUUCCAACACACCAUCUAACUACAGCUCGAUUGUGUGACAGCCUAGCAUGUCGACGUCUUGAACUUUUGUUAGCAGACACUCCAGAAGAUGCAAGGAGUCAGCUUCCAAUGGAAGAUAUAGAGAAACUGCUAGACAUCAUGAAUAAUGCAGGGAUUAAGAAAAGGCAUCAACGUUUGGUUUCUUUACUGGAAAAAUUAAAGACUGUCAUUACUAAGGAGCCUAUUGUCCAAUCUGAUCAUCCUUCACUGACCAUGUCUUUCCAGCCUGUAGAAACUACUUUAAAUAAGGAUUGGUAUUUGGGCAAGGUUAAAGAACAGUGUUUCAGUCAACAAGCAUGUGUGAAGGAAUGUGCCCAGUUAUUAGCCAAACUCAAUUAUGAAGAUGCUCUAACUGUAAUGGUGGCAAAGGAGUUUCACCUGUCAAUAUUAAUGGAGUCCUUAUCAUAUGGAGCAGAACUUACUCUUGCAGCAGAUAACUGUUUCUCUCCUAAUUCCACUCCUGAUUCUCCUUUGGGAGGUAUUACAUCUUCUGAAUCUGCAUUAUACAGAGCUGCAAAGAGCACGCUUAUACAACACACCACUCACUUAGUCAGCUUACUACCCAGACCACAUCAAGCUUUCCUACCCCAUGCUGAAGUGAACACUCCUCGAGAAGCUAAGCAUCGUAACAGACUUGUGGAUCUGUUUACAGACACUCCAUUCUGGGAUGUGCUUUUUCAGGUUAUUCCAGCCAUGACUCAAUACCUUCAUUCUCUAAAAGUGUUGCCAGGACAACAUGAAGUGCCUGUGGACUCUUUAGUAGAUGUUGGAAGGUUGUCAAUACUUUGUGCUGAGGUUAUACAGUGGAUGGUAGAGAGAGGUCAGAAGGUUUCUGGUGAACAGCUGAAAAUGGCACUAGAAGCUCUUGAUGAAGCUCUGAAGAAUCAGAGUUUAUGUGCUGUGAUAGGUCUUCAGGAUCAUUUUACUUGGGUGUGCUCUGCAGUGUCUGCUAUAUACAACUUAGUAGUUGAAAUACAACAUGAAGAGAUUGUUCCAACCACGUGUAUUCUACCUAAGAAUGUUGACCUCUCUCCAGAACAACUGCGAGCACAGAAGGCAUGCUUACAGAUGUCUCAGUUGAUAGGCUGGCUUGAGCAGUAUGACAGAGCUGUUUAUACCAUUCCUAAGUUUGUGAAACAGCUGUUAAAGAGUGUUAUUGUUGGCUUAGGAAGACUUCCCCUAGUCAAUGGCUUUUCCAGAACACCUCCUGUGUUGUGGGAGCUUGGCUGGUCACCUGAACUUGGAGGAGAGAUGAAAACACAAGUUCCUCCUCCACCUGGUGAAUAUCUCCAAGAGAGAGAUGUUCUUCAACAGUACAUAUAUCGUAUUAAUAUUCUGGGUAAUGUAGAUUUACAGCAAUUUGAGGAAACUUGGAUGGCUCUUCUUGGUGUUUUAAGUGCAACUCCACUAGGAGAAAUAGAAACCCCAGAGGAGGAGCAAGAACGAAUUCACACUAGUUGCUUAGCUGUCAAGUGUAUCACUUCUCUCUUGCUGCAAACUAUGCUCUUGCCACAGCCUGGUAAUCCCCACAACAGCACUUAUCUGUACCAGCCUCGAGACAAACCAUUAGCUUUCCUGCAUACCAAGUGUGGGAAGAAGCUUCAGUCAGUGCGUGCUCCUUUACACCGAAAGAUGCAGAACCUUUUGAAGCAGAGAAAUUUUUCUGGCUUGUUGAUCUCCAAUCCAGAGCGUGUCUUUUCUCAAACUACCUACAUGCUUGGACAGGUUUCUGUUGAAUAUCUUUGUGUAGCAACAGGUUUGAUGGAUGAUGCAGACGAACAUGACAUUUCUUCCUCUUCUAGCUCCAGCCCCAGCUCUUUUGGUGGUGUUGCAGCUUAUCACCAGAGGGAACAAAGCCUUGCAGCAGCAGGCCUAGAUAUACAUUCCUGUUUACAUUUUCUUCUAGACCUUUACAGUCAAUGGUUAUCAGCUAGUUCCUGUACACGUACUCCAUUGACUCUUUUAAGCGAAGUGACUCGAUCAGUAGUGUUCUUGUCUGAUAUCUUCAUGGAGCGAUCACAGUUUGAAUGGAUGUUGGAUACAUUUCUUGAACUUCACCGUGUGCAUCCAGCUGAAGAUGAAAUCAUGGCCCAAUAUUUAAUUGUUGGCAUCAGUAAAGCAGCAGCUGUCUUAGGAGUAGAACAGGACCUCUUGGAGAGACUAAAGAAACUUGUAGAUUUAAGCUUACGAUCUACUUUCCUGCCAACCCGUAUUGCUACUUUACAUGGAAUACUGUAUUUGUUAGAGUAUGGUUCUGGUGAUGAUUCCUUCUUAAUCCUUCCAUCUGCAAUGGACUAUGUGAUCAAGCAUUUGGACAACAAUAAUCUUCCUAGUAGUAACAAUGAAGAGCAUGUGUUAGUCAUGUGGGCUGUUGCAUUCUACAUUUUGGAGAAUUUCAUGGAGGAAAAUUCAGAAAAUAUCUUCCACAAGAAGAUUUUCCAGCUUUGUAUCAAUGUUUGUGGAAGACCUGAACGUGAUUCCCUGCCAGGAGUUUACUUUAUGGUGCUCCACGGUCUAGACCGGGUUCUUGUUGCAGAUUCACUUUCCUUUAAGGAAGUUGAAAUGCUGGCUAAGGUGGUGGUUGGCAGGAUAAGACAAGGCAGUCCUGUUGAAGGUUUAGUUUCACUAGGUCUUUUGUUGUCUACAAUGUAUAUAGGAGAAGCCAGAGAAAUGUGGAAUCCAGGACUUAAAAGUACAGUAGAAGAAGUAGUAUCAAAAGACUCUAGUGAUGUUGCUAUCCAGACAGAUCCAGAACAGCUGAUUGUUGCAAUGGAAAGAGUUACAGUCGUUUUUGAUAGGAUAAGGCGAGGCUAUCCAUUUGAAGCAGAAGUUAUAUGCAAGGUUCUUCCUUAUUGCCUGAUGGAGUUUUUCCCAGCUCAAGAUGUACUUAAUAAAGUGAUAGGAGAGUUUUUGUCUAGUCAACAACCUCAUCCACAGUUGUUAGCAGGAAUGGUAUUUAAUGUUUUUGAUUGGCUUCAUCAACAUUCUUUAGAAGAAGUAAUCCAUGACUGGGUGAUGUUAUCUCUUUCUAACUUCACCCAGCGAUCACCAGUUUCUAUGGCGAUAUGGAGUCUUACUUGUUUCUUUGUCAGUGCUACUGCUACUCCUUGGUUAAGAUCUCUCUUCCCUCAUGUCCAAAAACGGAUGGGUAAGCUAGAAGACCAUGACAAAGAAAUAUUCUGUAUCGCUGGAUUGGACUUCAGGAAUCAGCUGACACAGACAGAACAAUGUCAAGCUUUUCUUUCAACAAUACAAGCAGUAGCUCAACCAGGAACACCAUAUGCAGAUUUUCUCAGGUGUCUCUAGUGUCAAUCUAGUUAAUCUGGUGUUUUCAGAUGAUAACAGAUUCUGCUGAUCAUCUGAACCUGAUCAAUUCUCUUUGUAAAGCCACAAAUUAAUGAAACCAAUUCUGGUAAUCUUAACAAUAUCUUUGUAAAGUCAAGAGUUUAAAAAAAAUCUCUGUUCAGUGUAAAGAAAUAAUUUGUGUAUUAUCUUAUGAGCUAAAACUGCUCUCUACUUUGCUAUGAGCAGAUUGACUCUGAAACUAAAUCUGUUUGGUAUGUAAUUAAAUACUUAAAGUAAGAAUAAACAAUAGAAUUAUUAAAAUAAUUACUAUUCAUAGGUUUAUAAUGGCCCCAAACUGGGUAGUCACUGUACAAUGUCACACUUAAAAAACAUGUAAAUUAGUAUGCUGUUUAGGUUCGUAUUAAAAUCUUCCCAUGUUGUUAAAGCACUUACAAUAUUCAGUUAUUCCAUAAAGUCCAGAUUUGACAUGGACUCUGAAAGUGUCACAUAAUGUAGAAAAUGUACCUUUCUACCCAUAAUACAUCUCUAUAUGUGGAAAAAAAUAAAUUGUAUAUGUACUUUGACCAUAUUUGGCAUAUUGAAACUUAAUAUGCAUAUAUAUAAUUUUCUAUACAUAUAGAAAGGAAAUAGUAUUCCAGAAUUAAUGAUAUUGUAGCAGUUGUUACACAGAGCAGAAUAUGUAAAAAAUACCAAAUGAUAAAGUAAAGCUCGAUUUGUUGUAUAAUAUUCAACUGUAAUUAGAAUCUUGGUGGCAGACAUAAAUUUUUCUCUCUCUUAAAUAUUGGGUAAAUGUAUAUUAACACUCAUCUUUAAACAUUAGUUCUUAUAGGUAUGUGAUUUAUAUUAUUUCCCCUUAAAUUCAUAUAGAAAAAUAUGCCAUUAUAAAAUGAAAAGUAAAAAGAAAUUUUUAAGUUGAUAUUCUUUAUGAGUAUGCUUACUGUAUAGAUAUGUAUCAAGGGAAUCACAGUAAAAAAUUUUAAAUGA